CUGCGCUGUGGCAACGCGUUGAUAUGUGCAGAGUUAGCGAAGGGCUGAUGCAACGACGUUAGCAGGUCUAAGCUGAUUGUACGGGACAAGUUGGACUGCGUGUUCCCGCAUAAAAUUUCUCAUCGAACUCGUCGUAAAAUGAGCAGAUUAAGAUCAUGAAGCAAUAUCAAGGAUUCCUUUUCAUGUUGUAUGCGAUUUAUAAUUCAUAGUUUGCUGUAUCUUUCUCGAUCCAGAGCGUGUCGGUCUCGUUCAAGGCUGGACUCAAAAUCGUUGAAGUGAAUAUUUCAAUAACACCACUCGUAAUCACAUUCUUCAAAAUGGUAAAACUGGAUGCUGUAACAAUUCAUGUACGCCGCUGAAAAUCGUGCACUGCGAGGGUUUGCACAUGCGACCAAAACUGUGCGAUCUCGUGUCAUCUGCGGACGGGAAUGCAGCAUGAAUGAACGAUGCAAGUCGUUUAACUUUAACGACUGCAAUAAAAUGUGCGAGUUGAACCUUGCCACAAGACGAGAGCAUCCCGAAGACUUCAAUGCAACUCAAGGGAGUGUGUACUUUGAUGCAGAUGAGGACACACCUCAUUACUCACUGACUGAUAGCUCAGUGAGUCGCCCGAGAAGUUGCAACAUGCUCUUAGAUGCCGGUUAUUGUUCAAGCGGUAUCUACACUAUCUACCCAGAGGGAUUCGGCAAUGACAGUCUCCGCGUCUACUGUGACAUGGAAACUGACGGCGGGGGAUGGAUCGUGUUUCAGAGGCGACAAGAUGGCAGUGUGGACUUCUACCGUAACUGGACCGAGUACCAGUCUGGCUUUGGUGAUCUGUCUGGUGAGUUCUGGUUGGGCAAUGACAACUUGGUGACUCUAACGUCUGAUGAUUCACAAGGAACAUGGGAGCUACGAGUUGAUUUAGAGGACUGGGAGGGCAACACGACAUGGGCAACGUACUCGGAUUUCCAAAUAUCCCAGGCUGAGUACAAUCUGAACAUUGGCCAAUACGAUGCCAGCAGCACUGCCGGUGACUCGCUAGAUUAUCAUAUUGGAAGUAAAUUCUCAACAAAGGAUCGCGACAAUGAUAUACGGGACAUAAAUUGUGCAAAAUCUUGGGCGGGGGCCUGGUGGUUUAGUAGAUGCUGGCAUUCUCACUUGAAUGGUCGAUAUUACCCAGAUGAGAAUGCAGGUAGUAGCAAGGGCGUGCAGUGGAGUACAUGGAAAUACCAUUAUUCACUAAAAGCAUGUAGCAUGAAAAUGCGUACAGCUGGCCCGUAAAUCUUAUACUUAUUGCACACAAUGAUCUUAGUUGUGUGUUCCCACUAUAAUCAUGGUUGUUUGUAUCCCUCGGUGGGCGGUGUCUUCCCAAAUUACCUAACGACUAUAAUACAGGGUAGGGUUUUAGAUCAAAAGCAAACCCGACGACGGCCAAGUCUACUGACACUCAGAUCGAGCGUGAAAGAUUAGAAAGAAACGUAUAAACAAUACGUAUAAACGUAUAAACAAUUAUUGGCUCUGAAUGAUAAACAUCAUAUUUAUUCGUUCAAAGACCUCGUAUUCUUUAAAAAUUUCGUAGGAAAAAAAGAAAAGAAAAAAUGGAUAAUCACGGGGAUACUAACUUAAGGUUAAUCAAAUGUUAAAAUUAAGGUCACCAAGGCGGGGGCCUGGAGCGGUUGGUGGGGGAAGGGAGCAUGCCUCCCUUAUAUACGCCAGUGAUUAAAAAUAAAAAAUAAAGUGUACUGUUUGUGCCAUUUCUCAGUUUUCAACCUAAAACAAACUCUGUUUUCUACUGCAAAGCGUAAACUUAUUGGGUUCUUGUCCUCCGAGUCCGGCCAAACGCAAGAAAAGGGGACAAACACACAGGAUUACCAACUUCUGAAGAAACACUUAUUUAUUCAGCACAACAACUCUGUGGUCAACCUGCCACCCUGCUACCAGUACCACGACUGAUCAAUUCCCAGCAUAGACAUGCACACAGUCUAAACAGAUGUAUACAAUUGUAGCAACUUUACCCAACCCUUCAAUCAAGCCAAGCCCUACCCGCGAAAGUAAACAAAAGAACCCCACUUAACCAACCUAUUUGUAGAGCCUAUUUCCGGAGCGCGCGCCAGCCAGACUCAAAACCAGGUCAGGUGCGCGCCGCCGGAGCCCCUCUGCCGGAGCACUAGUGCUAGAAAGCAAUGACAUUAAAAGUACUGCAUAGACUGUCCGUUACAAUAAUAUGUAUUUUAUAAAACGCACGUAUUCAUAAAUAAUUGGUACUGAAGGCGCUAUUCUUGUCCUCAUUAUUACCAUGCUCAUUGGGCCAAUAAAACAUUCCAAAGACAGUAUGUCUAGUAUAAUAGCUCCAUGAUGCCAAUUCGGGACAAAUGGCUAAAACCAAUCACAAUAACCAUCUCUGCCCUCACAGGUACCCAUUUACUCCUGGGUGGAGAGAAGCUAUGAGUGACGAAGUGCCUUGCCUAAGGGCACACGCACCAUAACCCCAGGCUGGACUCGAACCCACAACCUGAGGAAUUACUCGCAGACAAUGAAUUCAAUACUCCAGACUACGAGGCCACGGCACUCGAUGCGACAUUUUAUUAUGAAAGACACAAUGCUUCGUUGUCAGAAUUUUUUUUUGGGGGGGGGGCAUGGAUCAAGAAAAGAAACGUUGUGCGCAGCUUCUAUCAUUACAUGAGAUUGAAGUCGAUUUUUUUCCCUACGAUUUGGUCAAAUGGAGCAUGAAAGAAAGUAAUCAAUUUUGGCACAUGUUGUUUGUUUUUGUUUAAGUUUCUUUUUUUUUUCAACGUGAUUUAACAUGCACAGCACUGUCUACUUUUCGGUAAUAAUUCUGGAUAAAAUGAAAUAACUACAUUUUAAUUUAACUUGAUUUAUAUAACUGCUAAAUUAUUUUUGGAGAAUAAUGUUACAAGGACCAUAAUUUUAGAAUAUUUUGGGUGGACCUAAACUUGUUCAUAUUGCCUUUUUGCUUGUAUAUUGCAGUCUAUAAACUUAAUGACCUUAGACGUUGAAUAACAUAUAAGUGAUAAGAACU